UUCCUAUUUGCUACAAAUGGUUUAUCCUAUGUUUCAUCUUAUAUAUGAUUUUUUAUAUGAUGCACGUCGGUCCUAAUAGAGAAGUCAAAACUUACAAAAACAUUAGUUUAUCUAUAAAUGUAGAGUCGGCAGAUAAAUGCAACGACAGUUUGGCCGAGUGGUCUAAGGCGCCAGAUUUAGGCUCUGGUCCGAAAGGGCGUGGGUUCAAAUCCCACAGCUGUCAAUUUGUUUUAUUGUUGUUUCGCAAUGUGAACCCUCUAGCUUUCUAUUUUUUGCACCAAUAGAACCGCUUAAUAACAGAAUAGUGAAUGUUCACGGAAAAAGCGAACACAUAUGAGGCCAUGACUAUCUUUUGAAUCUUGACCAUCCCCUUCAGUUCAAAAUCCUUCCCUUUUCUCCCAAGCAACCAUUUCUUCCUCAAUCUCUCUCUCUCUGAUCAAAUAUAUCCACGUACAGAGCAAAAAGAUGAAGAGUCGGAGCAGAAACUUAGCCACCCUGAGUUUGAUGAUAAUUACGGUUUUGUCAUGGAUGAAGAUCGUGGCUGGGCAGGAAGCAUUAAUAGGAAAAAAAGUAUUGCCGUUGUGCCACAGAGAAUGUAUGCCAAUAUGCAUGAAAGUGACCGAAGCAACUCAAGAAAUUUGUGAUGGUGCAUGCCAAGCGGGUUGUGUGCAGCUUCAAGGUAGAGGCACCGGACUUUCAGCCACUGAUCAAGGAGUCGAUAUGGUCAUUGCUUAGAAAAAUAUUUAUCAUCUUUAUCACUGGAUAUUUAAUUUUGAUAUGAU